ACAGUUAUACGUGUUGCUCUAAGUCCCAGUGGACGGAGUUUACUCUGACAAACACCAGCCGAAAACUGAAGAGGACCUGCAGCAGCAAACAGGGACAGGGAACAGUUUUCCAAAGAGGCGUGAGCCGUUCCGACUCUGUGGAUAAGAUAACGCUGGCAAAGGUUUCCAGUGUCAAACUAGACUCGGUCUCCAGGACAAGUGAGGGAUUUAAGUCAUUGGAACGCAAACAACGCGUUAUUCCUCUACUGUAAAUGAAAUCAGUGAAGAUAUUGUAAAGGAAAAAUAUUUUAGACUCGUCCCGCGCCCUCUUCCUGGAUAUUCCUUGGCUCUUUUAAGCGCGCUUACAAAAAGCCACAGAGAUGGAUGUGGCGGCUGAUCAGCCCCGCUGGAUGCAUCACCAUGCCGUGCUGAAUGGACAACACCCGGACUCUCACCACCCCGGUCUGGGGCACAACUACAUGGAGCCCACGGCGCAGCUCCUGCCUCCGGAUGAGGUGGAUGUUUUCUUUAAUCACCUGGACUCACAAGGAAACCCGUACUACCACAACUCUGCCAGGGCCAGAGUGUCCUACAGCCAAGCGCACGCUCGUCUGACCGGGACUCAGGUCUGCCGGCCUCAUCUUAUUCACAGCCCGGGGAUUUCAUGGCUCGACGGGGGGAAAGCAGCCCUGUCGGCUCAUCACCACAACGCCUGGGCCGUCAGCCCCUUCAGCAAACCCAGCCUGCACCACCCAGGCUCCGCGUCCCCCGGCGGCCUCUCUGCCGUAUACCCGUGCAGCAGCAACUCAAACACGGUCUCCGCGUCUUCGUUAACGCCGCCGUCCCACUCCAGCCCCCAUCUUUACACUUUCCCCCCUACACCACCAAAGGACGUAUCGCCAGACCCCGGGGCCGCGUCUCCCUCCGCCACUAGAAUGGACGAGAAGGAAUCUAUCAAAUACCAAGUGUCAUUAGCGGAGGGGAUGAAGAUGGAGGGCUGCAGCCCGCUGAGGAGCAGCCUGGCCUCCAUGAGCGCUCAGACCCCCUCGACGCACCAUCCCAUUCCGACGUACCCCACCUACUCCCUCCCGGCUGCACACGAGUACGGCAGCAGUUUGUUUCACCCAGGCAGCCUGCUGGGAGCAUCAUCCUGCUUCACCCCCAAGAACAAAGGCAAGACACGGUCCUGUACCGAGGGUCGCGAGUGUGUAAACUGUGGAGCCACCUCUACACCUCUGUGGAGACGUGACAGCACCGGACACUACCUGUGCAACGCCUGCGGGCUGUACCACAAGAUGAAUGGCCAGAACAGGCCGCUCAUCAAACCCAAACGCAGACUGUCUGCUGCCAGACGAGCAGGCACCUGUUGUGCUAACUGUCAGACGACCACCACCACGCUCUGGCGGCGCAACGCAAAUGGAGAUCCGGUGUGCAAUGCCUGUGGCCUCUACUAUAAACUGCAUAACGUGAACCGACCUAUGACCAUGAAAAAGGAAGGAAUACAGACACGCAACCGAAAAAUGUCCAACAAAUCGAAAAAGAGCAAGCGGUGCAACGAUAGCUACGAGGAGUUUUCCAAAAGUCUGAACGACAAGAGCUCGCCCUUCAGCGCAGCCUCUCUGGCCGGACACAUGUCCAUGGGCCACUUGCCACCUUUCAGCCAUGCCGGACACAUGCUUCCCACGCCCACCCCAAUACACCCUUCUUUUGGGCACCCACACCACUCUAACAUGGUGACGGCCAUGGGAUGAGAGGGUGAGGAGAGGGGUUAACAUAUAAGAACACUGGGGAACUUGGGAUGGUUGUGUGCACGGGGAUGAGGGUCUCACUAGAGGACUGUGUGUACAAUGUUACAGACAUGCAUUUUGUGUGUCUUUGUCUUUGAUUGUCUCUUGAUUGAUUAUGCCAACGGUAUGUUGGAGGAGCAAUGUAUCGUGGGAGGAAAGGACCUUUUUACUCCUUAUCUAUAGGUACAUAUUUUGAUGGUGGAAGACAGAGAGAGAUAUUCUGCUUCCUGAUGGCCAGGCACACAUGUAAACACAAAAAUGUCAUUGCACCUCAUAAUUUUAUCCCCACUGACGGCCUGACGGACUGCAGUGUGGUUCAGUACGUGCCGAACAGGUUCAUAGUAACUGUGAAUAUUGUAAAUGUGUGAGACCGUAGGGGACGUCCCAGACAGAGCUAUCCCCUUCACAACAUUAAAUGAAAAUAUGCUGGAUUUUUUUUUGCUUAUGGACAAUUUUAAAGGAAUUUUCACAAAAGAAACAAGCAAACAAAAAAAAGUUUAUGAAUCCUAAUUUGACACUGUUUAUUAAAAUAAUUGUUAUUAUAAUUAUUAUUGUUAUUCAGAUAAUUUAUUUUCAUUGCCUUUUUUUCUUUUACUAUAUCACCUGUAUCAUAAUAUGGAUAUUGUUAUCCCAGUUAUGAAUAUAUUUUUAGCUGAAGCGCUUUCUCUGAGCUGGUCAACAUUUAUACGCGUAAGAAAUAAAGAAAUCAAGUUUGUUAUCCCAUCUGCUCCUUCUGUUCAAUAUCCAGUAUCUAAUAUUUAAGUAUUCAUAAUAAGAACAGAUAUAGAUAUUCAUGUGGUUAUUUGCGCUGCUCUCUGGGAUCCUGGGACACAGAACCACUUUGAACUUGAGAAACACAGGAGUGCAUGUCUUACAGAUACAGAUGUCCGUCUUCAUUAACUCACUAUUAGACGUUUCAUUAAUUUAAAGCUACAAUGUCAGUCACACCUAUUUGUUUCUUUGUUAUAAUAACUGUAUUAGGUUUAUCUUCUGUGCAUCGAAUGAUCUGUAGCUUUCUAUGCAUCCUUGUUUAUCUCUGGAGUGACAGAUUAAAGGAAUAGUUCAACAUUUUUGGAGACAAGCUAAUGCGCUUCAGGUCUAGAAACAGGGGACAGCUAGCCUGUUUCUGUUACAAAAUCCAACAACCUUUCACUUGUAACGUUCCACUAACUUCCUGGAAUCCCAGAAGUUACUGUGCCAGGCCAAGAAGUGACUGAAUAGAGUAACAUAUAAAACCCUAUAAAACCAUUUUUUGAAUGGAUUAAACAGACAAGCUUUAGAGGUAUUGAUGGGCAGAGUUUGUUAUCACCUGACUAGAAAAUUCUAGUCUUUGUGAUAAGCUAAGCUAACCCCCUGAUAUGAGAGUGGUAUUAUUCUUUUCAUCUAAAUCUUUCAAAUUUCAAAUUUCUCAAAAUGUCAAACUAUUCCUUUAAAUAAUUUUUUGGGGGGUUAUCAGCCACUGUACCUGCUCCACAGGUGGUGCUAAUGUCACCAUGUGAGGAACAUCUUAUAAUAAAGAUAUUAUGUAUAGCACAA